UCGCUGGCUGCGUCUUGUCGUUCUCUCGUCGGCGGUCGUCCAUCUCACGGUUUGUCGAUCUCGUCUCGGUCUUUCUUGAUUUCGCCCCGUGCAGCCCUGCUUCGUCGCCUCGCCGCCUUGCACGACGAAUAAUGGAGGACCCCAACGGCAACGACUCGGAAAUGGCCGAUAGCGAAGAGCGGGCAGGGGCUCGUUUUAUUUAUACUGCGGAGGAGAAGGCGCUCCUCCAAGCGCUCGUAACCAAGCAUGCGCGAGUGCUAGAAAGCAAAAAGACAAAUAACUACUCGAAGGAGGCUAAACUUAAAGCUUGGGAGAAACUCAGCACCGAGUAUAACAGCCAGCCAAACGUCCGCCCACGAAGCGCUAAGCAACUUAAGAAGCGUUGGGAGAACGAAAAAUCCAGGUACAAAAAAACGAAGUCCGACGAAACGAGAGACAUCCACGCCACGGGAGGUGGGCCACGAACAAGCCGCCCGAUGAGCCCCUCACUCAUCCUUGUGGGAGCGGCGGCAGAGCACAUGGAGACAGUGGUGACGAAUCUCUGUGACAGCGACAGGGCAAGAGACCGGCCAGUACUGUCGCUGCCUCCGGCCGCUAUGUUGGAGGCGAUGGUGCGAGGCACUGAAGGCGAUGACAGUCACGCCAGCUGGGCACUUUGUUAG